CAUUCACCACCUGCUGGUUUUAAUGGGAGGGGAUCCAUGGCUGGCUGAGCCGAUGAGCUCUUUGCUCUGCUGGUGACACCAUGGCCAGCACUGACCUGCAAAUAUCAGGAAUUUCAAGGCUCUUCUACAGCAAAAGUUAGUGCUGAUUUGUAGAGGAAUUUUUAACAGAGGGUCUCUCCCAUUUGGCCACCAGGCCUUUUCCAAUCUUCCACUGCAUUUGAUUUCAGAGAUGCUUAGGAAGAGGAACUUACUGUCUUCCUGCCUUUGGAUAAAUCAGCAGGAGGAGGAGGGCGAAUAAAACCAGUAUGGAAUUGAAAACUCUAUUUCCUGAAGGGCUUGAGUGUGGGGUGGCAGGCAAGACAAUGAGCGUUAAAGUUCUGAAAUUCUGCAAGUGUGAACCAGUUCAUAACACCCCAGUUGCUGAGCAUUGGAGGGGAACAGGGUUUGGCUGCUCAUAUGCUUAUCAAGGAAUAUGUUAUUAUCAUGGAAAAUGUGUCUUCCCAAAGGUGACAGUCCUUCCCGGAGCUGGGCAAGGCCAGUUCUGUCUGAUAUCGUUCUCAAGGACCUUGGCUGAGGGUGCUGAGUGCCCCUUUGGGCAGCAGGCAGGUGACACCGAUUUGUGCAGGAUUUGUUGAUGUGCAGGGGAUGAGGAAGGCUCUGCAGAGUGAUCUGGGCAGGCUGCAGGGGAUGAGGUUCAGCAAGGCCCAGUGCUGGUUCCUGCCCUUGGGCCGCAGGGAUUCUCAUCCUGCAGAGCUCUGUUACGAAAUGGGGGCAGAGGUUCUCGGUUGACUGUUGGUGUCAGUUGCUUCUGGCAGCCUUUCAGUUGUCCCUUGGGUCACCCACAGACCUGCAGAACCUUCAGGCUGGUCCUGUUGUGAAGGGGCAGCCUUGCUGCUCUCUGGCUGGAAGGCCCCUGACCAAGCCUGAGCAGAAGACGUGGCUGAGUUUCUCGCAGCAUGGAUAACAGCAGUGGUCCUGUUCUUCUCCUCACCUUUCUCCUGCUGCAGAACACGAGCAGCCCCAAAGCCUCCACCCUCCCUGCUGGCUAUGGGAUGGCAGAACCUGCAGCCCCAGGAGCCGGCUCCAGCAGGAACCGCUCUCUGGUGGAGUACGGGCUGAGGCCGGGGGAAAUCGCAGCCGCCAGCGUGGUCUGGGGAGCGCUGUGGCUGAUCUCUGUCUUGGGAAACUUCCUCGUUUGCUUAGUGAUCCACAGGAGCAGGAGGACUCAGUCCACCACCAACUACUUUGUGGUGUCCCUGGCGUGUGCAGACCUGGUGGGCAGCGUGGGGAGCGCGCCCCUGCUGCUGCUGCAGCUGAGCUCCGGGCGGUGGCUGCUGGGCAGCGGCGUGUGCCGGCUGGGCAGGUACCUGCAGUACCUGACGCCCGGGGUGCAGACCUACGUGCUGCUCGCCAUCAGCGCGGAUCGCUUCUACACUCUCAUCCAUCCCCUGAAUUUCAGAGUUUCCAGGGAGAAAGCCAAGAGAAUGACUCUGGCCUCUUGGCUCUGUGGUGCUCUGUUUGCAUCACCGGCCUGCUUUCUCUACGGCUCCAGCAGUGAUCACCACUGCAACUUUUUUCUACCCAGUUCUUGGCUAGGAGCUGCCUCUGGUGUCAUCCACCUCUCAGUGCUGUUGCUUUUGAUCCCAUCACUCCUCAUUAUCCUCUGCUACCAGAACCUCUUCAUCUACAUUUGGAGAAGUGACACUGAGGACACAGCUGGCAGGAGGACAAUGAAUCUUGUCUCAAGAAGAAAAGCGAAAACUGCCAACAUGUUCUUCAUUUUUGUCUUGGAUUUUUUCCUGUCCUGGCUGCCUUUCUUCGUGGUACAGCUGUGGCAUCCACAGGAAACAGACUACAGAAAGAGCUCCUUGCUUUUCCUGGCCAUCACCUGGAUUGCUUUCAGUUCCUCAGCCUCUAAGCCAAUCCUCUUCUACAUUUAUAAUGCAAACUUCAGAAGAGGGAUGCAAGGAAUUUGUUGCAUGUGGAAAUACCCCAGAAGCAAUAUCUACACCAUUACUUUCAGUUCCAGGACAGCCAAAAAUGAUCACAUUGGGACCACAGAUAUACCAGCACCAGGCCAACCUCCCCAAAUACUCUACCUGUGAUGCUUUUAACAGAGAAGUCAAGGAGCAUGAGCUUGCCAGGCCUGGUGAAUCCAAUCCCACAAAUGCAUUUGCCUAGAGGGUUUCAUUAUUUUGAAAAGCAAUGGAUGAGCUAGGGGAGUGCAGUGUUCUCCCAGAAGAAGGAAGAUCUUUCACUCUUUUGAAGCAAUAAAUAGUUACAUAUUUUAGACAACUUCCUAGGGUAGAAAAAAAAAAAUAAUAAAUGUUCCAUACUAUUUAAUGGC